UUGAUUGAAGGCGACAGAUUGCCUCUUGAGAUAAUUUGCUACUUUUGAUUUCGAUAGCGGCCGUUUUUAAAAAGCAAUUGAAAAACGAUUCAGCUUUUGAUCUUAAAACGCUGAACAUCGGCCAUAUAUUUUCUUGUAUUAUUUUAUUUAAAAAUGGAAAACUUCAGAAAUUACUAUUUCCUGGUCGCUCUGCUCACAACAUCGCAAGUUUUGUGCAGAAAUCUGGUGGCAGAUGAGACAAUUGUGGGAGGCUCUGAAUUGGUUGAUCAAGAGCAAUACGGCGCUAUAACUCUGCAAUACACACCUGUAGGAUGGGAUAAGGAAGAGUUGAAUUUAAACAUUCUUGAGCAAAAUUUGGAUUACUUGGAUGCUGCGUUUGUCAACGCAAAGGGAAGAGAUUUGCUAGUUUUUCCAGAGUAUGCUUUAACAUCACUACUAGUAAAAGAAAACAGAGAAGCCGCCUACAAUGUAUCGCAGAUCGUUCCACAUGUUGGAAAUAUUAUGUGCGAGGCAAAUUCAACUUUGGGGAAUGAUUAUUUGGCUGUGUCUCGGCUUUCUUGUCUUGCCAAGCGACUGCAAAUUACUCUUGUGGCAAACCUGGUUGAAAAAGUGAUUUGCAAAGCGACAGAAGUAAAUCAACCAUGCGGCGCCGACGGUGUUCUUCUGUAUAACACGAACGUUGCAUUCGAUCAGGACGGCAAACUGCUCGCUAAGUAUCGCAAGUUCAAUCUCGUGGAAGAGUCUGCUUUCAACAAAACAGAUGCUGCGGAGGCUGUCAAGUUCAAUACAAAGUUCGGAGUGACUUUCGGUCUUGUCACAGGCCACGACCUGCUCUUCCAUAGCCCCGCGUCUGAACUAAUUAACAAACACCAAGUCACUAAUUUUGCUCACCCUACCGCCUGGGUCAAUAAUUUGCCAUUCAAAACAGGUACUCAAAUCCAGAUGGGCUGGUCACACACCAUGGGAGUCAAUUUGGUGAGCAGCAGUUAUUUGCACGUGGAAAAGGGUUAUAGUGGCGCUGGUAUAUAUCGCAAAGACGGCACUUAUCGAACUGCUAUCGGUCUGGAGACCGGCGGCGACCCUAUUAUAGACUUUCACGAUCAAGAACCUCAAGACCUGAGCAACUUUUUCACCGACAGCGACUCCCUGCUCGCGAAUUACAGCACUACCCUUAUUAACAAUGAAACCACCCUUGCCGAGACGUGUUUUGAAGAUUUCUGCUGUUAUCUUAAUUUCGAGGCCGAUUUUGGUAAUGAAGAAAUUUUUUUCCAACUGAUCGCCUUCAAUGGAACAGACGAGGAUGGUGUGGUCGUGCAGGCGUGUGGACUGGUGGCGUGCGGAGGCCCAGAAGUUUUAACUUGCGGGGAUGGAAUCAGUUCUGCCAGUUAUGCCACGCGAAUUUCUUUCAACGCUCUUAAACUCCGAGGCACUUUUAGCUCUUCGGAAGUGAUUCCGAGUACCCUGAAGUCAGAGAGCGCACUGCCCUUUUCGUUCAAAAGCACGCUGGCAAAGCAGCAGCUGACCAAAGGCUGGCAGGUUGCGAUAGAAAUAAACGAGCCGGUGAAGGUGCGCACAUUUGCCCUGUAUUCCCACGACUUCCACGUCGUCGUCGGCGGCAAUAAUGCGGCUACUGCUUGGAUUCCGUGCUUUAUUUUGCUGCACUUUGCCGUGCUCACAUUAAGGCUCAUUGUGUGAGGCCUGCACUUACAUCAGGCGUCUUGUUAUGCUAAUCAGAAAAUGCACCGCGCGGCGCGGUUUGCGUCACGCCGGCCUCUAUAACUUAGUUUUACUCAUUAUUGUUUCGUGCCACCCACCAGAGGUGUGCUGUAAUUUAUUAUGCUGUGAAUAAAAUAAAAUAUAUUUUAUAACUGUA